AUGUUUACAAUUAAAUCAAAUUUUCGCUUCUUCAUUUCAAAGAAUUUUAUUCGAACAACUCUUUUAUUUGUUAAUCGUUUAAGAAGAUAUAGCUAUUAUUUUACUUCUUCACAAACAACUAAAAAAAUUUUGUUUGCUUCGUUUGCAGGAUUUUCUUUUCAAUUAAAUGAUAUUGAAGAAGCUGAACAACAACAAAAUUUAAAUCCAAAUUCCAUUCAAUUUAAUCAUCCAGAACAAAGUGAAGGUUGGGAAUGUAUGUAUACUGAUUUAACGAUAAAAGUAUUUCGAAAAAGGCGUGAAAGAAAUGAUGGAAGUCAAUAUUUUGAAUAUCAGUGUAUUGGCUCUUAUAAGGAUAUUUCUGUUGAUGAUUUUAUUCAAGCACAGUAUGAUAUUAAUUAUCGUCGUGAAUGGGAUGGAAAUAUUAAUCGGCUUGAAGUUUUGGAAGAAGAUUAUUCUACUGGUUUUAAAUUAAUUAGAUGGGAGACGAGGCUAGUUUUUCUUUUAAUUUAA